GAUGUUUCGAACAUGGCGAUGUCGCGUGGUUCCGUGAAGGUCGAUUAAAUGCCUCUUACAAUUGUGUAGAUAGACAUGCCCUUAAAAAUCCUGAUAAGGUUGCUAUCAUUUAUGAAGCUGAUGAACCCGGUCAUGACCGUAAAAUCACGUACGGUGAACUUUUACGAGAUGUUUGUCGUUUCGCUAAUGUGUUGAAAGCUUAUGCAUGCGCUCGUAUCGGAGCUGUACAUUCUGUAGUCUUUGCCGGUUUCUCUUCAGAUUCUUUACGUGGUCGUAUUCUAGAUGCUUCUAGUAGAUUCGUCAUAACUGCUGACGAGGGUCGUCGUGGUGGUAGAACCAUUCAUACCAAACAGAUUGUUGAUGAAGCUUUGUCAGGGUGUCCUGAUGUCGAACGA